GGCGCCUUGUUCUCCUCCUUCCCCCACCAUCGUCUUAAUCGUUUCCCUGAGCUCGACGCCAGGAUCCUCCGCCUAUCAUGCCUCCCCCCAAAUCCAAAGGCGGCAAAAUGCUCGCGCUCAUCAACUGGCGCAUCAAGGUCACGAUCAACGAUGGGCGGCAGCUUGUUGGCCAGAUGCUGGCCUUUGACAGGCAUAUGAACCUCGUGCUUGCAGAAUGCGAAGAGUUCCGCAGGAUACGGCCGAAGAAGAAGCCCGGCCAGGAGACUCAGCCGGAGCAGGAGGUCAAGCGCGCUCUCGGGCUCGUCAUCCUUCGCGGAGAGACAGUGGUUAGCUUGAGCGUGGAGUCGCCGCCCCCGGUGCAGGAGGAUGAUAAGAAGAGCGCGCUGCCUGUCGGUCCUGGACGCGGUAUGCCCGCGGGUCGUGGGAUGGGGAUGAUGCCGCCGAUGGGCGCCCCGCCAUUCCAAGGAGCGCCGAUGAACUUCCCGCCGCCCGGUAUGCCAGGUCCUCCCCCUGGCUUUGCAGGCCGUCCGCCUGGCUUCCCGCCAGGCAUGCCCUUCCCUCCGCCAGGUUUCGGUGGGCCAGGAGGCCCUCCCCCUCCAGGUUUCCAGCCGCAAUAGUCUGGUCCAUCUCUGGUCCGUGCACCCCCCUGAUGAAGAUCUUGUCGCAAAAAGCGGAGGAAGGAUUCCCGAGCUGUACUUACGCGCGUCUAUUGUUCUUUGUACUCAAGUAUCAUCCUGUUCAACUGUAUCUCAUUGUUUUCUGACAGUUUGCUAUGCUCUUGGCCAUUUUGUGGCGUAAUGACCUACCGGCUGCAAUUUGCGCACUGGCGUUUUGCAUGUUCAGCGUUGUCGACUGGCUUGCUUUCGUGCAAGGACGUUGCUUCGUCCUCGCUGACUGCAGCGAGUGUAUCUGUGCUGGCGGGUUAUGGAACCUCUUGUUUGUCGGUAGCGAGUCCAGCAUCAGAACCAAGUCCACCAUCG